CUCUCUCCCCCCCACCACCAAUGGCGGUCGCCCUGGUCACAAACUCUACUCAAGGAACCGCGCGCGCGAUCGCUCUGAGACUCGCUGACGACGGGUUCGACGUCGCCGUGAAUGAUCUGCCUUUGAGAGCUGCUGACCUCGAAGCACUCGUUUGUGAGAUAUCCCUAAAGGGACGAAAAAGCUGCGCAGUUCCCGGGGACGCGUCAUCUGAAGCUGACGUGCAAGAGAUGAUUUCUUCGACUGUAGAGGAGCUGGGGUCAGUGGAUGUGAUGGUCGCCAAUGCCGGUGUGUGCAUGACGAGGAGUAUACUAUCAACGUCUUCCGAAGAAUGGGACCGGAUAGCUGCUAUCAACAGCCGUGAGACCUUCUUGUUCCACAAGUACGCCGCGAAGCGAAAAAUGAGGGAUCGAGUGAAAAUCAUUGGGGUGUCCUCUGUUGCAGGCAAAAGAGGGUCGCCGUUUAGCGCUGCAUGUUGCUCUUCAAAGUUUUCAGCGCGCGAUAUCACGGAGCCCAAGUUCGGUCGGGGGAUCACAGUCAAUGCGUAUACACCAGCUGCCGCCGAUACUGAAAUGCUCAUGGGGAUCGGCAAUACUCUCAUGGUAGAUUGGAAAAAAGUCCAUGGAAAGAAGGAUAGGUCCGGCGCACCUUCUGAUAUAGCGAGUAUGGUUUCUUAUCUAGCUUCCAAAGAAGCCCGUUUUACUGUGACAGGCCGUCUCAAUGUCAUGUACCAUUACUACGAAACACUCAUAUUCCUGAGUUUCCAGAUGUCAGGCUCAUGGUACAAAUAAAAAACAGGGAUACGCACGAAGUCUGUAUUAGUUCGGUAGCACAUACCCAAGCUUCUAUCAUCUCAC